UGGUGGUGGUGGGCUCCCCGAGAUUGAGAGGAGGAAUAUAAGGUUCACGUUAUUAUCGCCAAUUUCUUUCUCUUUUUGACGUUUGUCAGUGUCUAACACUCGCCGUCGGGAGAAAGGAAAGGACAUAUCGCUUUUCAUCCAUUGCGAAGCUGGGUGACGAGGCUACAUGGUGUGUGUUUCCUAUUCAGAGUGUGGAUGUGUGGGUCCAGAGAUGGAAAGCUAUGAGGAGUUCUGCCUGCGGAGUUUGGCCAUACUGCAGGAGGAGGGGAAGUAUAAGAAGAUGGCAUGUGAGCCACUGUGUUCCCUGAAGGCUUGCUCUGUCAUCCGCUUCCAUGGAAGAGCUGUGCUUUCACCACUGUUGAGUGCAGAGCAGCGCAAGGAGAUGUGUGGCCACAGACAGAGGGCGGUCCAGCAGGAGGUGGACAGGCAGAGCCAGCAGAGGAACAAGCUUAUGGCCCGUGUUCAGGUCAUACUGGAUCAAGCUCAGAUACAUAAAGUAACAAGUGACGAGGUUGACAAGCUGCCAGUUUCUAAGUCUGCAACAGUCAGUGGCUACACCCUGGUCACUGACUCACCUGGACUUCCCAGAGAUGCUGGAUUUGGGCUUCAGACAAAUGAUCGGCCUGCCACUCCAUGCUCUGAGACCCCCACCCUCAAUGGCUACAAGGCAGUGGGGGAAGUGAAGGUGAACAGGGAAGAGGAGAGUGAGGAGGAAGAAGAGGAAGAAGAUGACAUUAGUUUGGACAGCCUUCUUAAGAAAUCAAGAGAGUAUGUGAAGAGAGAGCAGAGUCAGCAGGGGUCAAAAGUUGUCCAGAAUGUCACUGGGACUGCCCCGUCUGAGACCAUCUCUGACAAAGACAAUAAGAGCUGUAGUCCCAUGGGGGACACAGGUGUCGAGUUCGGAUUCAGCCUGCAUCACAGUCCUAUUGGCACACCUCAGACCCAGAUCCAGCACCAAACUCUGUAUGACCCCAGUCUCCAACAGUCUGGCUGCCUCUCACCUAGUCUACCUGACCAGUAUGCUCGUCUCCCCAGUCCAGAGUCCAGCAUUAGUCCCUGUGCACGGAGACGCAGACCGCGCCCAGUUUCUACAGGUAAUAUCCAUAUUUCGUUUCCCAUUGGCCCAGCAGACCUUAUCCCCCGAAGCCCAGGAAGGUCAGUGGAAGGUGCUUGCAUGGCAGAUUGGGGAGAAGCUCUCACAGGUUCCACAAAGUUCUCCGAUCACUGGGGCUCAGUGGGGAGUGAAGGCGGGGGUUGUGUUAGCAGGAGUAGCAAUCGUCGAUCCAGUCACUGUGGUAGCAGUCCAGUGCAUGAGACCUGUAGCCCCAUUAGUGCCUCAGUGCCCAGCCCGAUGGGACACCAUGACCAUCUGGCUACAGGGUUUCGCCGGCGCUGCCACACCCUGGACAGCCAGUUGCAUACCUACCCGUCUGGAGUUGAACACAUAGACCGCAGCCAGGAAAGGGUCCCUCGUUUUAUGGCCGGAGUUACAUGGAUGGCUCCAAGUCGGCGCACCCCUGCAGCCCCCUUAAACCAGUCAUAUGAGGUAGAGAAUCCCUCACCUUCUCUGCUGAGGCCCCGUGUGACUCUUGACUUGGCUCAGGUCUCACUCAGGAUGGAGCCUGAAGAUCCUCAGGGGCCAAACAAUGGAAGGAUCACAUCAACAGUCCUCAGAAAUGCACCUGAAACACAGGCCUGCAAGACAGAGGAGACCCACAGGCGAGCUCAGGCUCUAGAGGACAUGCAAAGGCGUCUGGAGGAGGAGCAUGCCUUGCAGAUGUCACUGCUUCUGGCUGAGCAGGAGAAAGAGCAACAGCGCCUCUGUCUGGAGCUUGAGGAGACAGAGAGAAGACUGAAGGAGCAGGGGUGCGUGCUGCCUCUUAGUGGAGAUGCUUGUGGAUGGAAUCGUAGGUCUGUAAGUGACAGCUUUUCUGCUGUGAGCCCCUCCUGCCCAGGACUAAGCCCUGCCCAAACACCAUCCGAGAGAUCACCUGGACACAGUAUAGGUUUUCCCAGUCCUGUCAGCUCCAGCGUGUGCUCUCCCUCUGUCCAGCCUCCAGUUUAUCUGUGGGGACCCACCUGGGCAGCUAGCAAACCUCGAUCAAGGCUAAGUCUGGUUCUGACACCAGAGCAGCAGAGGGCAUUCUGUCGAAUUGGCGCCAUCACUCGUGGCUUCCUCACACGCAGACUUCUCAAAACAGAGAAGGUCAAACACCUGCACCAGACCAUAGUGGAUACCCAGGAGUUCAUCCGUUCAUUCCAGACUGAGGCUCCGCAGAAGAAAUGCAGCCUCUCAGCACAAGAUCUCUCUUUGCAGGAGAGAGUAAGAGCACAGUUACGUGCAGCCCUUUAUGAUAUCCAUGACAUCUUCUUUGAAAUGCCUCUCGGGGAUCGAUUAGCAUUGCUGCAGCAGGACAGGGAGCUCCGUGUAGAGAGGAAGAUGCGAGACAUGGAGAAAACCAAGUGCCACAAGGAAAGAAUGGUUCUGUCUGCGGCCACACAGAGGUCUCUGGACAGGAAAAAGAGAGUUGGUGAAUCCCCAGCGCAGGCUAGGAAGAUGCAUCAGAAGCCAAAGAGCCCUACUACUAACAGAGUCCUGAAGCCAAGCCAAGGCCAAAAUUCUCCUGUCCCAGGGCAGCUGAACCGCCAGGGGAGCUGGUACAGAAAGACCCCGGAGGAGAGGGUCAAGCGCUCAGACAGCCUGAAAAAGCAGCACUCUCUGGGUUAACAGGUGACUCAACAUCUCCUGACCUGUGAACUUGAAUUUUUAGUCUUUUAAUACCAACACUGCACCACUGAAACUCCAGUAAGCGCUGCUAACAAUUUGAUGGUCUGUAAUGUACCUUAUUGAAAUUCAAAUGAUUGUAUACAAUAUCACAAUGCCAUUGUUUUAACUGUUGUAGCUAUAGUUUUUAGUGUCAA